ACAAUGCAGGCAAACACAGUUUAUGGAGCUUUACAUGGGCUUCAGACAUUCAGCCAGUUAUGCCAUUUUAACUAUAAAAGCAGAGUGAUUGAAGUUCAUAUGUCACCUUGGACUAUUACUGAUCAGCCAAGAUUCUCUUAUCGAGGCCUCUUAAUUGGAUAGGGGGACCAGUUUUCCAAUGAUAUUGGUUUUUGGAAUUGGCUGCGCACUGGGCUGGUAAUCUGAUUGUUUGACUUAAUAAGGUCCUUUCCUUUAAAGUGUUCUUGACUGAAAUUAAUAUCUUGCAGAUACAUCCCGUCACUAUCUUCCUUUGCCCGUCAUUAAGAAUGUUAUUGGUUCCAUGACCUAUGCAAAGCUGGUUAAAGAAGCAUCACAUGAAUGAAUCUCAAGCUUAUCAGUACUUUGUCUUGAGAGCUCAGAAUAUAGCUCUGUCCCGUGGAUAUGAAAUUGUUAACUGGGAGGAGACAUUCAACAACUUUGGCAAUAAAUUGAGCCGUAAAACUGUGGUGCACAAUUGGCUUGGUCGUGGAGUUGCUCAGCAAGUGGUGGCAUCUGGAUUAAGGUGCAUUGUGAGCAACCAGGAUAAGUGGUACUUGCACUACUUGGACACCACCUGGCAGGAAUUCUAUAUGAAUGAACCACUCACAAAUAUUACAAACUCCAAGCAACAGAAGUUAGUUAUUGGUGGUGAGGUAUGCAUGUGGGGUGAAUACAUUGAUGGGUCAGAUAUAGAACAAACCAUAUGGCCACGUGCUGCAGCAGCUGCUGAGCGGCUAUGGACACCAUAUGACAAGCUUGCCAAGGAUGCAAGUGAAGUUACUGGAAGGUUGGCUUAUUUCAGAUGUUUACUGAAUCAAAGAGGAGUUGCUGCUGCUCCAUUAUCUGGACCAGGCCGAGUUGCCCCUUUUGAACCAGGUUCCUGCUACGUGCAAUAAGAAG